AGACCAGCUCUAACCAACACUAAAAGAGUCUCCUCUUUAAUAGUAAUGACUUUGAUAUUUUAAAGAAUAUAACUUUCGAAUUGUGUUAGCAAAAUGCCUUCUUUUAGAGUGAAAGUGAAAUGGGGACGAGAACUGUAUCCGGAUAUAGAUGUAAAUACCGAUGAAGAGCCUAUUUUGUUUAAGGCUCAACUUUUUGCGCUAACUGGAGUGCAGCCGGAAAGACAGAAAAUUAUGUGCAAAGGAGGAAUAUUGAAGGAUGAUGAAUGGAAUUUGCAACUUAAAGAUGGAGCCGUUGUUCUGCUAUUAGGAUCAAAGGAAAAGGUGCCAGAAGUGCCUCAAACACCAGUUAAAUUCAUUGAGGAUAUGACUGAAGCUGAAACAGCUACAGCGAUGCGGCUACCAGCUGGUCUAACCAAUCUUGGCAAUACAUGCUACAUGAAUGCUACUGUGCAGUGCUUGAGAGCAGUGCCUGAGCUACGUACUGCUUUAGACAGUUUCCGUCAUGAUGGUUCUGAUACUACUUCUUCUGCAUUUACCAUUUCGUCGGCUAUGAAAAUAGUCUUUACACAGAUGGAGAAGGGCACAACAAUUACCCCAAUUGUGCUCUUGCAGGCCUUGCACAGGGCUUCGCCUCAGUUCGCGCAGACUGGCGAAAAUGGCACCUAUCGGCAGCAGGAUGCAAAUGAAUGCUGGUCUGAGAUUCUUAAAAUGCUACAGCAAAAGCUUGUACCAGUGAGCCAGGAUUCAGCUAGUAGCGUCGCUGUGAAGAAAAGUCAUAGCUCUUUUAUUGAACAAUUUUUCGGAGGCACCUACGAAGUGAAGAUGACCUCGGAUGAAGCUCCGGAUGAACCUGCAACUGUUACCACUGAAAACUUUUUGCAAUUGAGCUGCUUUAUUUCCAUGGAAGUAAAGUAUAUGCAAAGCGGCUUAAAAUCUAAAAUGAAAGAGCAGUUGGUAAAAAAUUCGGAAGCCCUGGGACGUGAUGCACACUAUACAAGAAAUUACUUGGUGAGUCGUCUGCCAGCUUAUCUGACUGUUCAGUUCGUUAGAUUUCAAUACAAAGGAAAGGAAGGCAUCAAUGCUAAGGUCCUAAAGGACAUUAAAUUUCCCAUCGACUUUGAUGCUUUCGAGUUGUGCACUCCUGAAUUACAAAACAAGCUGUGCCCAAUGCGAUCCAAAUUCAAAGACGUUGAGGAUAAGAAAAUGGAUGUCGAAGCUCAGAUUAAUAAGACUGCCAAGUCCACCGAAAAUGAGGAUGAGAAUGAUGAGAACAAAUAUGAAAAAUUCUGGUUUGAGGACGAUUUGGGCAGCAACAAUUCCGGCUUUUAUACACUGAAGGCAGUUCUAACACACAAAGGUCGCUCCAGCUCAUCUGGACACUACGUAGCCUGGGUCCGCUCCAGUGGUGAUGUGUGGUUCAAGUUUGAUGAUGACGAUGUUACAUCUGUAACCACUGACGAGAUUCUGCGACUGUCAGGUGGAGGUGACUGGCAUUGCGCUUACGUCUUGCUGUAUGGACCCAAACGUUUAGAAAAGUGUUAAAUCUUUUUGAUUCCACAUUGGUUGCAAGCACAUCAUUGUUAACCCAAUAAAUAAACUGAUAAAAAAUCUAUUGAGA